GGCCGUGCCUCUGAACGUCACGUGACCGGAGCGCGGGAGAUGGCGGCGCCGGGAGCGGGGAACGGCCCCGGGGACGGCAGUCGAAGCGCGGCGGCGGGACGGCCCGGCCCCAGCCCUCGCGGCAGGGAGCACGGCCCGGCGGGGCCCAGCGCCGUCCCCCGCGGGUGGCAGCGGGUGAGCAGCCGCCGGCGGGCGGGCAGGACGGCCGGGAGGAUCGACGUGUGUUUCAUAAGCCCUGAAGGGAAGAAGCUGAGGUCAAAACGAGCACUUGUGGAGUAUUUACAGAAAACUGGGGAGACAACACUGAAAGCAGCAGAUUUUGAUUUCACAGCUCCUCGAGGGAGCACACGCUCAGGGUUGAGAGGAUGUGGCAUGGGAGCCGUGAGGACUGACCUGGAAAAGGAGGAUUGUCAGAGCAAAGUGCAGGAGCUCCAUGCACAGAAUGGUGCUGAGGUUGGAAUUCAGAACAUCCAGGCUGGAAAUGGACACCUGGGAGAUGUUACAUCUACUGUGGAACGCACAGAUUUAGUAAUGGAAGGCAUAAACCCAGAGGAGGGUUUGAAAACCAAAAGAAAGGGGGUAGAUGGGAAAAGUGUCCAAACUAGGAAACCUGGGAAGGGCUCAGAAAGGAAGAACCAAGGUGACCCCAAGAGCAAGAGGCAGAGAAGACUCUCUAACACACAGGAGACCGAGUGUGUUCAGAACAAGAGGGUCCGGAGACAGACAGACACACGUGGAGCUGACAGCCAGGGUGUGGGUGCAGGGAAAGCUCUGUCAGCAAUGUCCAGGGCACGGCUGAGGUCAGUGGCUGGCUCACAGAGGGAGCUGGGUCACCUGCCAAAGGAGGGGCCAGGCUCCAGUGGCACACGUGCUGCGGCAUCUGAAGAGAAAUCCUAUGGACUGGAGACAGGGAAGGUGCCAGAUCCGGGGGAUCUAGGUAAGCAGAAUGUUAAAUCUGACACGGAGGUGGAUGCUGAGCCAUGGGACAGGACGACAUUCACAGCAGUCAGAAUGUCACCAGAAGAGUCUGUCCCACGCACACAAGUGGAGAGAAGGAAAACAAGUCCAUAUUUUUCCAGUAAAUACAACAAAGAAGCCCCCAGCGCACCCAGAAGGAAGGCCCUCAGAAAAUGGACUCCUCCACGUUCUCCUUUCAAUCUUAUCCAAGAAACACUCUUCCAUGAUCCAUGGAAGCUUCUCAUUGCCACCAUAUUUCUCAAUAAAACUUCAGCUGGUAACUUGCCUUGGAAGACCUCACUUGAGAAAGCAUAUGGAUAGUGCAGAAGAACUCCUAGCCCAGCCUCCUGCUCACGGGAUUCUUUCACCAGGGAAAAUGGCCAUUCCAGUGCUCUGGGAGUUCCUGAAGAAGUAUCCUUCUCCUGAGGUAGCCAGGGCUGCAGACUGGAAAGAGAUGUCAGAGCUGCUCAAACCUCUCGGCCUCUAUGAACUCAGAGCCAAAACCAUCAUCAGGUUCUCAGGUGGGUUCUCCUGACAUCUGGAACAAUCUUGGUUAUGCUGGCAAAAGGCAAACAGCUUUGAUCCAAAUGCUGCUCUGUGGCUACUCUGUUUGGUGGGUUGGUGGGUUAUUUUGUGCAGCAUUUGGGAUCCAUUGGUGUCACGCAGGCAAAGCUGCUGAUCCCAGUCUGAGCUGGGAAAGAAAUGCCAGCCACAGUGUGUUCUGCAGGAGACCAGGAAACUUUUUCAAGUAGAAGAGACCCAAGCACCUGCAGCAGUGGUGUACUGUGUUUGCAGCACUGUUAUAGGGUGGCUCUGCUCAGGGUUGCUCUGGUGACCUGCAGAAGGCCCUUCUGGCUGGGAUUUUUCUGAUUCCGAUAUUUUCUAUGCUCAGAACCUGCAGAGGAAUAUUUUGUUCUGAGGGGAGACAGUUGAUUAAAACUCCCACGGUGGUUUGUUGAAAAGGUGUUUAAUCUGUGGGGAUUCAUGGCCUGCAUUCACCGGGAAACACCUAAAACUUGUGGUUUUCAUUUGAAAUGUGCCGAAGUGAAGACAUGUAAGAGUGGCAGAGGGUCCUGCCCGGCUGCUCCUUGUGUCCAGGCAGUGAGGGCAGGGGCCAUGUGUGCAGGGUGCUGUGACCUGUCCUGCAGGUGAGUACCUGAGCAAGGCGUGGCGGUACCCGAUCGAGCUGCACGGCAUUGGCAAGUACGGGAAUGACUCCUACAGAAUCUUCUGUGUC